UUGAGAGGAGAAACUGUGGUGCUGGGACCGCCAGGAGGAGCGACUGAAAGAAGAGUGGGUCAGUGACAGCGAGGGGAGUGUGAGGCUACCACUGCGAGGCUACUGUGACCCAGGGGCAUUGACAAUGAGGGGACUGUGGCUGAGACGUAGCUGCUUGCGAGGGGUCUGUGACCCAGCAGCAGUGAAUACUAAGGGGCUCUGACCUCGGAGAACACGAGGCAGAGGCUGUGUGAGGAAUGUGACCGAGGAAGUAUGAAGCAGUGACAGCGGGGAACUGUGACCAAGGGCCAACGACUCGGAGGAGACUGAUCGAUGGAUAGUAACUGUGAGAGGACUCUGACCUAAGGGAACAUGAAGCAACAGCUGCGAGGGGACUCUAACCAAGGAGCAGUAACUUUGAGGGGGCUGAGUUGGAGAAGACUGUGGGAUCAGUGACUGGACAGGUUAAAAGAAGAUGGAUGCACAGAAUUCAGCCAAAGUCAACACAAGGAAGAGGAGGAAAGAGACACCUGGACCCAAUGGGGCGACAGAAGAAGAUGGAAUUCCUUCAAAAAUGCCACGCUGUGCAGUUGGUUUACGGCAGCCAGCGCCUUUUUCUGAUGAAAUUGAAGUAGACUUCAGUAAGCCCUAUGUCAGGGUAACUAUGGAAGAAGCCAGCAGAGGAACUCCUUGUGAACGGCCUGUGAGAGUUUAUGCAGAUGGAAUAUUUGACUUAUUUCAUUCUGGUCAUGCCCGGGCUCUAAUGCAAGCAAAGAACCUUUUCCCUAAUACAUACCUCAUUGUGGGAGUUUGCAGUGAUGAGCUAACACACAACUUCAAAGGCUUCACCGUGAUGAAUGAAAAUGAGCGCUAUGAUGCAGUGCAGCACUGCCGCUAUGUGGAUGAGGUGGUGAGGAAUGCCCCCUGGACCCUGACACCAGAGUUCCUGGCAGAACACCGGAUUGAUUUUGUGGCUCACGAUGACAUCCCUUAUUCUUCUGCUGGGAGUGAUGAUGUUUAUAAGCACAUCAAGGAAGCAGGCAUGUUUGCUCCAACACAGAGGACAGAAGGUAUCUCCACAUCAGACAUCAUCACUCGAAUUGUCCGUGACUAUGAUGUGUAUGCCAGGCGGAACCUCCAGAGGGGCUACACAGCAAAGGAACUCAAUGUCAGCUUUAUCAAUGAGAAGAAAUACCACUUGCAGGAACGAGUUGACAAAGUAAAGAAGAAAGUGAAAGAUGUGGAGGAAAAGUCAAAAGAAUUUGUUCAGAAGGUGGAAGAAAAAAGCAUUGACCUCAUUCAGAAAUGGGAAGAGAAAUCCCGAGAAUUCAUUGGAAGUUUCCUGGAAAUGUUUGGUCCAGAAGGAGCCCUGAAACAUAUGCUGAAAGAGGGGAAAGGCCGGAUGCUGCAGGCCAUCAGUCCAAGGCAAAGUCCCAGCAACAGCCCCACUCGUGAACGUUCCCCCUCUCCCUCUUUCCGGUGGCCCUUCUCUGGCAAGACUUCCCCGCCUUCCUCCCCAACAAACCUCUCCAGACACAAGUCUGCAGCCUAUGAUAUCAAGUCACUGCAUGACCAUAUCAUUGCAAUUCCUUUUGCCGCUUGGUACAGAAGACUCAAAAAGCCACUGGCCCACAAAGGGAGGCUGAUCUAGAUCGCCCAGGUCUAAUGUCAUCAGCGCCCUACUGACACAUCUGUAAGGGAAGAAAACAACUUCCAUCUGUUCUUCAGAAGCCUGGUUUCUUUGAGACUUUGGGUUCAUACUGUUUUGCCUGGCUGAGUUCUAUUCCUGUUACUAUACCAAGAAAACUGUCAUACACUCUUCUCCCUUUCAUUUGCUUUGGGAAAGCUCAGAGUAACCUUUUAAUAUACAAUCUUGAUGGGCUAAUAGUGGCACCCAUGGAGGCAAUGUGCCCAGUUGUAGAAAAUCAAACUCCAUCCUGUUUAUUAAGCUUAAAAUACCUUCCUCAGGCAAGAUCCAAAACAAUUUCAUCCUAUUGCAUAGUUCUCAUUCAUCUCUACAGUCAAGCAUACAUCAUUUGCCAGCUUGCACUGACGAUAGAAUUGGUCCCCAUUUGGUCAAGGUUGAAGAACAGUAAAGAAACCUUGUACCCAUCUGAUGAAUACAGUGUCUCUUUCAUUGUCCAAGCCAU